GCCUGUUCUCAAAAUCUCCUCUCUACCCAAGUCCCCGCACUUUCCUUCAGAGUCGCUCUCCUUCAAACCAUUAUUUGACAACAACAUACUACAGAACUGCAACCAUGGCCAAAUCCCAUCCUGGAACUCUGCAUGAAUAUGCCCCCCGUCUAACCGCCUUCGAAUUCACCUCCCAAACCACCAACGACAAGCCCAACGCCCUCCUCUUCGUCGGCGGCCUAACCGACGGCCUCCUCACAGUGCCCUACGUCGAGAAACUUGCCCAAGCCCUCGAACCCACCUCCUGGACCAUCUACAACGUGCUCCUCACCUCCUCCUACCACGGCUGGGGCGUCGGCAGCCUCGACCAAGACAUCACCGAGAUCGCACAAUGCGUGGACUUCGUGCGCGGACGCCUGCCCACCAACAGCAAGAUCGUCCUAAUGGGCCACUCAACCGGUAGCCAAGACGUGCUGCACUACCUGUACAAGGAGAACCCGCUGCCCGCCAGCGGGGGUGAUGAGCGCCGCGAGCGGCCGGCGCUAGACGGCGCGAUCAUGCAGGCGCCCAUGUCAGACCGGGAGAUGCUGAUUGCGUCGACCAAGGAGAGCCACGAGACCCGCGCGGCGCUGAGCCAGCUGGUUCAUUUCGCGAGAACGCGCUCCACGACUGAGAUUAUGCCGCUGAAUUUGACGGCUGCUGUGGGUAUGCCGGCUGAUACGCCGAUUAAUGCUUACCGGUUUUGGUCGCUGGCUAGUCCUGAGAGUCCCGAGAAGCCGGCGGAGGAUGAUUUGUUUAGUUCGGAUUUGACGGACCAGAGGUUGAAGGAGACGUUUGGGGUUGUUGGGGAGAGGGGCUUGCUGCGUGGGAGGCUUAUGGCGCUGUAUUCUGGGAAGGAUGAGUAUGGGGUGUCUGGGCUGGAUAUGGAGGGGAUGUUGCGGCGGUGGAAGGAGGCCACGGCUGGGAAGUGGGAUGAGGGUAGUGGGAUUAUCCCUGGGGCGACUCACAAUGUCCAAGAUGAGGGGCAGGAGUGGCUCGCUGAGCGGGUGACGGGGUAUUUGGGGAGAGUUUGAUCUGAUCUGAAACAGUGCAGGUAGAGGCUUCAUGGAUUAAAGUAAUGUACAAAGUAGAUGGGGAAAUAGCUCAACAACCUUGACACGGGUAUAGUAUAUGGGCCAGUUAUCGGGGGGAGGGCGAACAUGCAACAAGACCAAAGAGAAGAAGAAAGGCAAAUCAAACACGCAACCACAGAUUAAACACCCCCUUCAGAUACUCGACAAUCUCCGACCCGCCCAACUUACUCUCCCCAUACAAGCGAUCCACAAACGUAAUCGGACACUCAGCGACCUUGAACCCCAUCGCCUUAGCGCGCACCAUCAUCUCCAUCUGGAAGCUAUACCCCUUGCUCUGCGUACUAGAGAUAACCUUCUCCAACACACUCUU